AUGCACCUGCCCGGCUGCGCCCCCGCCAUGGCCGACGGCAGCUUCUCGCUGGCCGGCCACCUGCUCCGCAGCCCGGGAGGGAGCACCUCGCGGCUGCACAGCAUCGAGGCUAUCCUGGGAUUUACCAAGGACGACGGGAUCCUCGGUUCCUUCUCGGCGGAGCCGGGCGCUCGGGGAGCGAAGGAGCGGGAUAGGAGGCCGGGCGCGCGGGCCGCUUGCCCCAAGGCGCCGGGGGGAGGCGCCGAGCCCUCCGCGCAGCCUGCCCCGGUGCCCGCUCCCGAGUACGAAGCCCCUCGACCCUAUUGCCCCAAGGAGCCUGGGGAGGCGCGGCCGAGCCCAGGGCUGCCGGUCGGUCCCGCCACCAGCGACGCGAAGCUGUCGGACGAGGAGCAGCCCAAGAAGAAGCACCGGAGGAACCGCACGACCUUCACCACAUACCAGCUGCACGAGCUGGAGCGCGCGUUCGAGAAGUCUCACUACCCCGACGUGUACAGCCGCGAGGAGCUGGCAGGCAAGGUCAACCUACCCGAAGUCCGGGUCCAGGUGUGGUUCCAGAACCGACGGGCCAAGUGGCGGCGGCAGGAGAAGCUGGAGGUGUCGUCCAUGAAGCUGCAAGACUCGCCCCUCCUGUCCUUCAGCCGCUCGCCGCCCUCGGCGGCCCUGGCGCCCCUCGGGACGGGCCCGGGCGGCGGCGGCGGGCCGGCGGGGGGCGCCCUGCCGCUCGAGUCGUGGCUCGGGUCGCCGCUGCCGGGCGGGGGCGCCACGGCGCUGCAGAGCCUGCCGGGCUUCGGGCCGCCGGCGCAGAGCCUGCCCGCCAGCUACACGCCGCCGCCGCCGCCCUUCCUCAACUCCCCGCCGCUGGGCCCCGGCCUGCAGCCUCUCGGGCCGCCGCCGCCCGCCUACCCGUGCGCGCCCGGCUUCGGGGACAAGUUCCCGCUGGACGAGGCGGACCCGCGCAACAGCAGCAUCGCGGCCCUGCGCCUCAAGGCCAAGGAGCACAUCCAGGCCAUCGGGAAGCCGUGGCAGGCCCUCUAG